AUGUCGCAGGAGAAUGACAACAAACGGCAAGUUCUGGUGUUGCAGAAUGAUCCGGCAUAUGGCCAGCGUCGUUCCUUCACCAGUGAGGAUGAGGCCUGGAAGUCUUUCUUGGAGAACCCCCUGACUGCAGCCACCAAAGCCAUGAUGAGCAUCAACGGCGAUGAUGACAGUGCGGCUGCCCUGAGUUUACUGUAUGACUACUACAAGGUGCCCAGGGAAAAAAGAACAAUACCGCAGCAAAAGACAGACAUCCUGGGCUCUGAUGUGGACCCCAACAAAAGGAAUUUGAUGGCUCAGCUUCCAGAGACUUCCAUGGCAAACGCAGAGAGCAGGAUUCAGGUUCUUAAAGGUGUCCCUGUGCCCUUAAACAUCGUCUUACCUGGGAACCAGCUUGGUGCCCAGGACAAGAGAGCCCUGUUUCCCAGCCCAGACACCACCGUCACCGUGUCCAUCACAACUGUUCCCAGCUACCCUGUGAAAACUGAAGCACCUUCACACGGUUUCUCUGUGACUGUCCCCAACCCUCACUGCGCGGAGUCUGACAGCCAUGCCAUAGUCUUCGACCGCCAGCUCACCCAGUUCAGCCCCAACACCCAGCCACGAACACCAGACUCCACUUUCCCAGAGACCUUUAAGGAAGGGCCACCAGAGGUGUUCCCAUUCCCAGGGGAUCUCCAGUUACGCAUGCCAUCCAUAGGCCAGGACGAGUACGGCGCUUUUGACACCAUGUCGGGCAAUAAUUUUGAGUACACUCUGGAGGCCUCCAAGUCUCUCAGACAGAAGUCUGGGGAAGGCACGAUGACAUAUCUCAACAAGGGCCAGUUCUAUCCCAUCACCCUUAGGGAGACAGACAAUAACAAAGUCCUGCAUCACCCUAUCUGCAAAGUGAGGAGUGUGGUUAUGGUAGUGUUUGGUGAGGAGAAAUGCCGAGAUGAUCAACUCAAGCACUGGAAAUACUGGCACUCCAGACAACACACAGCCAAGCAGAGAUGCAUUGACAUUGCUGACUAUAAGGAAAGUUUCAACACAAUCAGCAACAUUGAGGAGAUUGCAUACAACGCUAUUUCCUUUACAUGGGACAUCAACGAGGAGGCAAAGAUCUUUAUCUCAGUCAACUGUCUGAGCACAGACUUCUCCUCUCAGAAAGGGGUGAAAGGAUUGCCCCUCAACCUGCAGAUCGACACCUACAGCUACAACAACCGCAGUAACAAGCCCAUUCACCGGGCGUACUGCCAGAUCAAAGUGUUCUGUGACAAAGGCGCCGAGCGCAAGAUUCGGGAUGAGGAGCGCAAGCAGUCCCGCAGGAAGGUUUCAUGUCUUCUCUCAGAUGUUGACGUCAAAGUUCCCCUCCUUCACAAACGCAGCGACAUCACCACCUUUAAAAUGAUGACAGACUUAGAGACACAACCGGUCCUCUUCAUCCCCGACAUCCAUUUCUCCAACUUCCAACGUCAUCCUUUCUCUCCUGAAGAUUCAGAAGAGAGUUCAGCGAUGAAGAGAUUGCCUUACACCAGUGAGGAUGAGUUUGGCUCUCCUCCAAAUAAGAUGGCCAGAGCAGAUGAACCUAAAAAAGUUCUGCUGUAUGUGCGUAAGGAAACAGAGGAGGUUUUUGACGCUCUCCUGUUGAAGACUCCCACACUCAAAGGGCUUGUCGAGGCGAUCUCAGAGAAGUAUGAGGUGCCAGUUGAGAAACUGGGAAAGGUCUACAAGAAAUGCAAGAAAGGGAUCCUGGUAAACAUGGAUGACAACAUCAUCAAACAUUAUUCCAACGAGGACACAUUCCAGAUCCAGAUGGAAGAGAUGGGUGGUGUGUUUAAGCUUACUUUAACAGAGAUCUGA